GUUUUCUCCUCGCUUCUCUCCACUCGCCAUUCUAAUCCACUCCUUCUACCUCCUGUUCUUUACAUCUCUCUUUCUUUCUUCCUCCUCUCCUACUCUUCCCUUCAGAGUCGUCUAUCUCACCCUCAACGGAUCCCCAGGAUCUUUAGGUCCAUCACCUUCCCCCUAUCGACAUUGUUGAUUCGAAGUCCCUUCUCUGGCCGCAGUCUAUGGAACUCAACGUCUAGACUGGCAUCCACGCUGCCUCGGCUUCUGCCACAUUUCGGAAGAGAAGAUACUGUCACGACCCAUUCCACGACGAGACGAUUAUCCACUGUACAUAACCCGCGACGCCCUGGUCCGUUGGACGUGGUCUGUUGUCGGAUCUUCCUCCCCGACCCAAGGAAUAUUCCCCGACAUUCCGACCUCAGAAUUGACAGCAUCUCGGCCCACCCCCAACAUGCCUGUCCCCGUCGACCCCUUGGUCGCAUUUACCCACCUCUCCGAUAGCCUCCCACUUUGGACCGCACGGUUGUCCGAGCUGAGCGCCCAUACGACGGCCAAACAUGUCGAGUACUCGGAUGCGUUCAACCGACUGACAACCGUCAAGCCACGCCGCCGCAAGAACAGCUCCGUCUGCUCCAUCCACACCGAGGAUCUACAGACCGACGUCGAGCCCAGUAAUCCCCGCAAGCGAAGUGCCGACGACGCACCCUCAAUUGAUUCAGGUGACCACCCGACCCUGGUGAGCCGCCGACACCGCCUGGUCAUCCACUACGAUGGCCACACCCAGAAAUCGCUGGAGGAGAUGGUCCGUGACAUUGGAUCCGCGCGCAACAGCCUGCGUCGCUCCAAGAUGUCGCAGCUGCCCCUGGAGGGCUUCCGCACCGGCAUGCUCCGACACAACUCCCGCCCCGGCUCUGCGAUACCAUCGUUCGGUCAAGAAGACGACAAGGGUGGAGAAGACCAGCUCCUGGCCAACAUCCGCAGCGCCCGCUCGCGCCGUGGCCCGCCGCCGCCCAAAGUGUCCGCACCACCCCAAAUAUCGCCCUUCGACGUGGCCGAUAAACAGCUUGAGCUGGCCCACGGCUUCUGCGAGUCAGCCGCAUACGCCUUCCUCCGGGCGGGCGACUGUGCCACGGAGCUCCGCGGUGUGGAGGACAAAUUCAAGGCUUUGCUUGAAUUAUCGCUAGCUGAAGUACGACGACUCCAGGCGGAGCAGUCUGAGAAAGACGAAGAGAAGCCAAGCGAGGAGCCCGCUCCUUCCAUCACAAUUGCCUCCGUCCCAGCCGACAAACCAGACGGGUCAACCGAAGACGCCAUCGAAGUCGACGACGGGACAGAGUCCGUCGAGUCGCUGGACCUGACAGCGUUCCGGUCUACACGACGGAUGAUGCGUGGCUAGUGGAUCAUCGUACAUAAACUGCCAAAUUCUGCACAGAUUGAUAUUUUGGCAGAUUCUCUCUGAUUUAGCGUAUCCUUUGUUAGCGAUGAUACCUGGACCAACUCUCCUUUCCAUUAACUUUUUUUUAUUCCACUCUUGGUCAUUACAUCUACGGGCUUUGGAGUCCCUAUCUUUCGUUUCGAUCUUAUUGGCUGUAAUCGCCGGUCUAGUUUUCAUUCAUUUUCAUCGGUCAGCUGUUGCUCGAUCGCAGAGCAUGGCGUUGGGGGAGUUUUAUGAUACAUGAUAUUCUACUUUGUUUUUUUGUCUAAACAUAAAUAUAUUUUCAAUGGACGAUGAUGA